GGGCGCAGCAGCGCGCGGGAGCCACUCGAGGCGACGGCACCGCUGCCCCGCGCAGCAUGACAGCUAUCGGCGUGCAGGCCCAGAGGCUGGGGGGCCCUAAGAGGCCCCGUCACUCCUUCUUUGAGUCAUUCAUCCGGACGCUCAUCAUUGUGUGUGCUGCCCUGGCUGUGGUCCUGUCCUCAGUCUCCAUCUGUGAUGGGCACUGGCUCUUGGCUGACAACCACCUGUUUGGCCUAUGGCACUUCUGUACCCUCACCAACCACAGUGAGCCACGCUGCCUCAGAGACCUGAGCCAGGCUCAUGUGCCUGGGCUGGCCAUCGGCUUGGGCGUGGCCCGCAGUGUGGCUGCCCUGGCUGUGGUGGCCGCCAUCUUUGGCCUGGAGUUCCUUAUGGUGUCUCAGAUGUGUGAGGACAUCCGGUCAUGGCGCAAGUGGGCCAUCGGUUCCUUCCUCCUCCUGGUCGCCUUCAUCCUCUCCUCUGGGGGGCUCCUGAGCUUUGUGGCCCUCCUCAGGAAUCAUGUCACCCUCACCAGCUUCACCCUGAUGUUUUGGUGUGAGUUCACUGCCUCCUUCCUCUUCUUCCUCAACGCCAUCAGUGGCCUUCAUAUCAACAGCCUCACCCAGCCCUGGUACCAACUAAGGAGAUAUUAGGACCUCUGAGGGACUGCGGCCACCACAAGAAAGUGUGAUGCUAGUGAGACUUAUCCAGCAUGGGACCUCUGUGGGGACCUUGAUGCCUCUUAGCCACUCAGUUCUGGGUAUUCAUCUGAAAAUGCCCUGGAGGGCCGGGGACUCUGUAGCUUUCCUAGAGUGGGGGCCAGUAGCCAGGAGUAUCUCAAUGUCACCAGCACCACCAGCUACACAAGUUUAGCCAAGUUAUUAGGACGAUUAAUGUAAAAGAAGAAACAAGAAGAGGCAAGGGGUAGAGGGGGUGGGAGAAGAGUAAAUAAAAAGCAAUAAAUAAACAAAUAAAUUGAAGAAGCAUUGUAAAA